GAGGGCAGCGUGUCGGCCUCGGUGCUCGGGAUCUCGCUCGGUUCUGCCAAGAUCAGCCCGACCUCGCCCGUGGACCUGAGCAUCAACGUGUACCUGGCCAAGGCGAGCGUCAAGGUGUCGAUCCACGACAACGGUCUGUGGCUGGAGGCGCACGCGAGCACGAUCUUCGACGGGAGCGCGGACUACGGUCCAUCCGAGAUCAUCCACUUCUAG